GCACAUGGCCCCUAUGUGUGCUGUUAUCUAAUGCUUGGCUGCUGGGGCGAUGCUGGGGUGACUUGGCUCACAUGCUGACAGAGAGGGCCCUGCAUGCCCACUGUGGCACACGUGCCAUAGGUCCAUCACCACUGAGUUAGAGUGAUACACUCAAAGCUCCACUGGUAUCUUAUCACAAAUAUUUCUGAUGAACUUAUGAUUGUCAACCUAUUCUUCCCCUCCAGUAGAAUUAUGCUGUUUGGAUUAAUUUCUAACAAUUGUGGUGUUGGUCAGAAUGAAGCCAGAAUUUCUGCAAAAAAAAUGAACUCUUCUGGCUUUGGGUGAAGACAGGGCACCAUUUUCAAAAGUGGGAGUGCUACAUUUUCAAAUGGUGUAAGAUACACCCAGAGCACCUGUAUCUCUAGUAACACUAUGAAAAGGUACUCAUAGUAUAUACGCUCUUAAAAUACAUGUCAUUUAAUCAUUUAACAGGAAUGUAUAAGAAAGCAUCCUUUUGAGCCUUGAUUUAAAUCUUGCCCCCACCUCCACUACCCAAAUAUAUUUGCCUUCCAAGGAAAACCUAAAAUGCCUCCAUUUGAAACUAAGUGAAAAUCUGAUUAUUUUAGCAGAAGCAAUGUUCCUGGUGAGUUCAGUGUAGUUAUACUUCUGUUCAUCCAAUGUGGGUUAUGCUCUUGAAGUUCCCAACAAGUAAGUUGGCUAAACCUUGCAUUUCCUUUCAAGUUUUCCUUGAAUUGUGAUUUCAACAAAUAACUGGGAUUUAAAACAAGUUAUAGAAAGUCAUAGAUGUUGCUUUUCCAUUGUUGCAUGUGUUUGUUUAGCUCCUUGAACAUAUUUCCUAUUGCCUUUUGUAACAUUUGCAGCAUAAAUCAUACACAAUUACAGGACGAAAACAGCCUUAAGAGUGAUUUAUGUUUGUUCUAAUAAACUUCCUUUGUUACAAGAGCUUUUAAAUUAAUAAUAAACUUCCUGAACAUUGUUUGUGGAAAUUUAAGCUUUCUGAAAAUCAUUUUUGCAGCUAGUUCACACAGUCAUUGAAUAGAAAUCUUGUAAAAAUGGUGGAGCAGCAAAGCCAUAGCGUGUAAUGAAAGAUUUUUUUCCACUGGCUCAAUCUUUUUGAUUCUCAAAAAAGGAGUGGAAAUGGUAGUGAUCAUACGCAUAAAUACAUUGAAUAUAGAUAAGGUUCAGGCACAAUGGUUAACUGUGGUUUAAUAUUAUGCACCCAAGCCUUGAGCAUGUGUAUUUCUCUCUGGCACAAUCCCAGAGAGGAGUUCAGAAGCAUUUGCUUCCAUUUUCCAUUUUAUAUUGUUUUUCUUCCAAAUAACCAUGGUUAUUCGUCAAGUCUGAACUAUGGUUUAGGGCAGGGAUGGGGAUUCUCACUCCUGAGGCCAAAUCUAGGCUGCUGGGGUUUCAAACUGGCCAUCUGAUAUUGUCACACAGCCCUACUCCUGUCGCACAACUCUCAUUUUCUUCCCAAAUUCUGUGUAGUGUUUUUCCCACUAAAAGAUUGAAAUGCCUCCCCUAAGGCUAGUUCCUGGAAGUAAGAGCUGUAAGUUCUAAUAUGCUGCUGGAGGGAGCAGUGUUUCGUAUUUUUGCCCCCUCUCUUUUGCCUUUCAGUCCCAUCCCUUUCCAUUUGGUUCCACCCACCAGUGGAAAGUAAUCCCUGAGAUUUUCUCUGAAACUGAAUUUAGCUUUCAGCCUCAAAGCUGAAGUUUUCCCACCCUUGACUUAGAGAAACAAGCAAGAGGCAUAAAGCCUGUCCUGAAGUUGUCCUGUUUCCCCUAAUCCAGGUAUGUAGAAAGAACAUCUUUCACUCCAAGGACCAAAUUCCAUGUUGGAGAAGCUUUCAAGGAUUGCAGUCUAGAGCUGACUGGUGCAGAAGGCAAAAGAACAUUUAUUAUCCAACUAAGCCAAUGAAGAUGUGCAUAGCAGAAUAAUGGAAGCCCCUGAAUAUCUAGAUUUGGAUGAAAUAGACUUUAGUGAUGAUAUAUCUUAUUCAGUAACAUCCCUCAAGACUAUCCCAGAAUUACGUAGGAAGUGCGAGUCACAAAAUGAAGACAGAACAGUUUCCAGCACGAGUUGGAGUUCAGGAGUCUCAACACUCCUUGGAAAUGCACAAAAACCAACAGGCAUUGCAGAUAUGUAUAGUAAGUUCAGACCAGUGAAGAGGGUUUCCCCACUUAAGCACCAGCCAGAAAGUUCUGAAAAUAAUGAGAGUGAUGAUCAAAAGAACCAGAAGAUGGAGUGCAAGAAAGGGAGCGAUUCUCCCUCCGUGGCUCAGAAUGGUGAUCAGUCUCCAGAUAAUGGAGAGAACCUAAAAACUAAGUGUGUUGAAGCUGGAGUUUUGCUUGGUGAACUGGAGCACUAUGACCUGGAUAUGGAUGAAAUUUUGGAUGUGCCUUAUAUUAAAUCAAGCCAGCAGCUUGCUGCUUUUACCAAGGCAGCUCCAGAGAAACGAAUUUUGAGUGUGUACUCAACACUGAAUGGUCUUAGCGGCAAGUCGUGCCCUGCAGGAAACACAGAGAAGGCACCAACAGGAACGACACAGUUUUGUGUGCUGUCCCCUGUGAAAAGCUCUCAGCUGAGAAAAGCGCAGCCCAUUGUCCCCGAUCAGCAGAAGCAUUUAGCUGAAGAGUCAGAUUUUCCCCAGCCGCUAGUUAAAUGUAGUUCAGCCCAUGAACCUGAAGCGCAGUCCAAGGGCUUGCUCAACAGGACGUUUGCCGAUAAAAUGGAGAAGACUGUGUCCCACUGUCAGUUAAGGACUUUUCAUCUGCAAGCAGGAGUGGCAGAAAAUAAACACGAUGAACUGAACAGUAAUAUGAACUGGAACAGUUCUGGAGGUCCAGAAGAAAGGAAUGAUGAUGUGAAGAAAAAUAAGAGCAUCUUAAAUAUUGUGAAAGAAGGGCAGAUAUCAUUAUUGCCCCACCUUGCCGCAGACAAUCUGGACAAAAUUCAUGAUGAAAAUGGCAACAAUCUUUUGCAUAUUGCAGCAUCACAAGGACAUGCAGAAUGCCUGCAACAUCUUACAUCUCUGAUGGGCGAAGACUGCUUAAAUGAGCGGAACGAUGAACAACUAACUCCAGUUGGCUUAGCAAUAAAGAAUGGUCAGCUGGAGUGUGUUCGGUGGAUGGUGAGUGAAACAGAAGCCAUUGCAGAAUUGAGUUGUUCAAAAGAUCACCCAAGCCUUAUUCACUAUGCAGCUUGCUAUGGACAGGAGAAAAUCCUUCUAUGGCUUCUUCAGUUUAUGCAAGAACAAGGUAUUUCUUUGGAUGAAGUUGAUCAAGAUGGUAAUAGUGCUGUCCAUGUGGCUGCCCAGCGUGGGUACCUGGGAUGUAUACAGACUCUGGUGGAGUAUGGAGCAAACGUCACUAUGCAAAACCAUGCUGGAGAAAAACCUUCCCAAAGUGCUGAGCGGAAUGGACACACUAUGUGUUCACGUUAUUUGGUCGUAGUGGAGACGUGCAUGUCAUUGGCAUCCCAGGUUGUGAAGUUAACAAAGCAACUGAAAGAGCAGACAGCAGAACGUGUGACAUUACAGAACCAGCUGCAGCAGCUUCUACAAAGUCAGCGAUCAGAGGGCAAGUCACUGCCAACAUCCCCAAGUUCACCAGCAUCACCCACUUCUGGCAAACCUCAGUGGAAACCAACUGAUACAGAUGACUCAACUCUACCAAAAAGUAAAUUGAACGCCCGUGAUGGAAUUCAGAUUCUUGGCAGUGGGGGAACGCCACAUCACAGUCGGCCCAAGUUGAAAGACGAGGACUCUGAUAAAAUCCUGCGCCAGCUUCUUGGGAAAGAAAUCUCUGAGAAUGUUUGCAUGCAGGAAAAGCUGUCAUUAGAAUUUCAGGAGGUCCAUGCCUCCAAGAACAUCAAGAAGAUGCCUCCGGAAAAAAAGGAGUUGAAGUUAGCAAGGCUGAAACAUCUAAUGCAGCGAUCCCUUAGCGAGUCUGAUACAGAUUCAAAUAAUUCUGAAGAUCAGAAGAACACACCUGUGAAAAGAUCAGAUAAGCCAAGGCCACAGCCCAUUGUGGAAAACACUGAAAACACAGAGAAUUUGCACCUAAUGAUUAAGAGACACACCUUGGCAUCAGGACGAAGGUUCCCUUUUGGCAUGAAAGCGUCCAGAUCUGUGGAUGAUGGCCACAGCCCUUCCCCUACUUCAGAGAGUAGUGAUCCUGAUAACGAAUCGCAGUAUCAGGGUGGGACUGUAUCCCAGAGCCAGGGAUUAGGUGAUACCUAUCAGUCUGCUCCUGACACCACCAGUGCUCACAAAGUCACCACAAGCCCCAAAAGUGCACUCAAAUCUCCAUCUUCAAAGCGCAGAACUGCCCAGAAUUUAAAACUCAGAGUGACUUUUGAGGAACCUGUAGUACAAGGGGAGCAAACAGAGGGUGGUUUAAAUGGGGAAAGGGACAAAGAUCGAAGUAAGGUGCUCCAGCGACCUCCUCCCAGUGCUGAAACUGGGGACCAGCAGAAACGACCAUUUGGAACAUUUCGAUCCAUAAUGGAGACGCUAAGUGGUAACCAGAACAAUAAUAAUAACUAUCAAACAUCAAGCCUAAGCAAGACCUCAUCACCCUUUACCUCAUUAGGAAGGAAAGCCACAGAUAGCAAGGGAAAUUCAGCAACUUCUGCAAAAGGAAAAAAUAAACCAGCAUAACAACGCAAGCAGGAAAGUCCAGAAGUCUUACAGCAAAAAUUGUUUUGAAGAACCAGAGCUGCAAGAAUUCUUCCUUUGACUCACAUCUCAUGGGGUCUCACAGUCUUCCUCCAAACAUGGCCUGAAAUCUUCCCACUUGAAAACUUAACUACGAGAUAUAACUUUCACCAGCAGAAUAACAGACUCUAAAGAUGCCUUAACUUUGUAGCAGCUAGACCAUAUAUGGAAAUUAAUAAUAUAUGUGUCUGUCACUUGUUUGUAAAGUGUACUGUUAUAAGGCAUAGGUGAACAAAAGCCAUGGUUUGGAAACAUAGUGAUGCAAGGAGUCUCCGAAAUGUUCAUAUGACCACCAUUUUGUACAUUACCUGUUGCAUGGAUAUAAUGUAACAUGUCUUGUAUUUUCCUUUCUCAAAACCUGUGUCUGUGAAACAAAAUAAAAAAGGAUUCUAUGUGCCCAGAUUCUCAGUGAGCCCAAGGCAAGGGCUUUUCUCUCUCUCUUGAUCAACAUUUUGUCACUAUUUCUAAUCUUUUGUAUAAAAGAAAAUAAACCAGUGUUAACCAAAACACAGUGCAAACAUA